AGCUCAGAGAAGAUAGACGGACAGCUAGCUAUGAAGACGUUUUGAAAUGGUCGGCUCAGGCAGCCGAAGGAAUGCAGUAUUUCCAUGCAAAGGGCAUCUUUCAGGUUGAUGUCGGUCUUCACAACUUGCUGGUUGAUUGGGGCGAUAAUGUCAAGUACUGCGAUUUUUCUGGGAGCUCGAUUGACGGCAGCAGGCCUACCGUCGUUGUCAGCCCGGCUGCUCAACACCCCAUAGGGCCUCCUACGGUACAGACAGAGCUGUUUUUCCUUGGAUCCGCCAUUUAUGAGAUGUCUACGGCAUUCAAAGCAUAUGUAGGAAUGGAGGAGAAUGAAUUACAAGCUCGUGCUGGCGUGGCUGUUAUUCCAACGCAGGAGACGGCAGCAGAGAUCAGAGACAUUCAGCAAAAGAUGGAACAUGGGAAUGACCUGAGCCUGUUCAUUAACGGCCUAGUGGAGGGAAAACGCAGUGAACAUACUCAAGUAUAUAUCCGCAUGCAAUUAUUCAUUGCCGCCAUUGUCUUCAGUACAUGA